AAUAAUAUUUAUAAUAAUUAAAAAUAAACAUUCAUCAACAGUGACGUGUGUGGAAUAUUCAGAGUUCUACUGCUACACAAUAAACGCGUUUGAGAUGCUCAGUAGACCUAUAAGAGUAAACAAUAAAAACAAAUCUGUUCUUUAAAAUAAAAUUAUUAGUGAUUUUAACAGUAUAUAAGAAGAAUGUCACUGCAACUUUGUCUUUCAUCUCACAGUGUUUUUGCACCACUUUUGUAACCUAUAAAGGCCCAAAGUCUUGUUCUGAAAGAGCUGGUGAAACUGGUCAAGAGCUUCUUCUUUUCGUUCAGCACAUUGAGCUUCAGUUCACACGCCUCAUGACAUCAAACCCCAGAAACACCUUCUGUAAGAGCCCGUUUGACUUUACACCGUGAGAGCAUCUUGAGCUCAAUAUAGUUAAACACAUUCACUAAAUUACAGUAUAGCUAUAGGAUUACAGUCAAUUAUCAGUUAUUAAAUCAUCAAAUCUUUGACUCUGUUUAUGUGAAAUAUCUGCUGAUUUGUGUUUGUGUUGAUGAUGUUUAGAUGAAGUCAAAGAGAAGCUGUUCCUCAAGACGAGAUGUUACACAUUUAUCUUGCAUCAGUAUAUACUAAAAAAGAAAAGAGGAAGUGUCAUUUUUCCAGUGCAUGUGAACGUCACAUUGUCUGAGUUUCCACAGUAUUUCAGUGAACUUCAGUUCAGCUCCUCUGUGACUGAAUUAAUGCAUUAAUACUGAUUCAAAGAGGCUUGAGCGACUUCUGUAAGGCAUUUGUCAGACAUUUUCAUCACGGUUUGCUAAAUCAUAUUUUCAAAAAAUUGUCUGUAUACACACACACACAUGCACAUAUGAAUAUAUAUAUAUAUAUAUAUAUAUAUAUAUAUAUAUAUAUAUAUAUAUAUAUGUGUGUGUGUAAAUCUGCACAAGUGUCAUGUGACUGUGAGGGUUUUGCACUCAUUCAGAGGAAGUGAAGAGAGACAGGAUGUGUGAAAACAGUUAAACUACUGCAUUCAGAUCAUAGAGUCAUUUUUACACACAAACACUGCAGAUGAAAGUAAGAAUGUUUCGUCUUUUCUCUCUGAUUUCUCUGCUUGUGAUUCCUGUUGUUCUUGUGUAGUUGAGAUGAUGGUCACACAUCACCAAGAAGAGGAAGACCAACAUUUAGCUGCACUUUAUAAAGUGUGAAAACUGCAGGCGUUUGACGGCUUAAACUGAUGAUGAUUUUGUCAUUUGUGCGUCGACACUGACACACUGACACUGCAGAGCGAAGUCACUAUGGUGUCGUCUCUCAUAAAGUCUCUUCCUCUGAUCGUAGUGAUCAUGACUGCGGGGGUUGAUGGUCAGCAGGAUCGGGGAGUGAAUUACAGCCCUUCAUAUGUUUGUGCAUUAAAGGGAACAAAAGUGAAAAUAUCCUAUCCAGAGGAGAGAGGAGGGAUUCAGUGUUUGAGUGAAGAUAAAGACACUCACAGCAUCACUUUGACGAAAGUAACAGAAGCUGAUAAACACGUCUACUACUGCAGAUUUACUACAAACAUUGAUGGUGGAAAUUGGAUGGGGAUUCCUGGAGUUCAGCUUGAUGUCACAGACCUGCAGGUGGAGACACAGCAGAGAGUGAAAGAGGGAGAUUCAGUCACUCUGACAUGUAAAAGCAGCUGCUCUCUGACUGAACAAACAACAUUCAUCUGGUACAGAAACACACUGAGAUUCACUGAAGGAAUUGAGAAAGAGAAUCAGCUUCAUCUUCAGUCAGUCAGUCGUUCUGAUACUGGAUACUACAGAUGUGCCGUAAGAGGAAAUGAACAUCUUCACUCUCCACCUGUUUAUCUCAAAGUAGAUUGGGUUGAUGGUCAGCAGGAUUGGGGAGUGAAUUACAGCCCUUCAUAUGUUUGUGCAUUAAAGGGAUCAACAGUGAAAAUAUCCUGUACUUUAACAUAUCCUCAUGAUUAUGAGAUCAGUACAGUCUUCUGGACCAAAACUGUUGUAACUGAUGGAAAACUAUCUGACCUGAGAAAUGACCCAGGAAAAAUAGGAAGAGUUCAGUAUCACAGAGAAAAUAAAGACACUUCCAGCAUCACUUUGACAAAUGUAAGAGAAGCUGAUAAACACGUCUACUACUGCAGAUUUACUACAAACAUUGAUGGUGGAAAAUGGACGGGGAUUCCUGGAGUUCAGCUUGACGUCACAGACCUGCAGGUGGAGACACAGCAGAGAGUGAAAGAGGGAGAUUCAGUCACUCUGACAUGUAAAAGCAGCUGCUCUCUGACUGAACAAACAACAUUCAUCUGGUACAGAAACACACAGAGAUUCACUGAAGGAAUUGUGAAAGAGAAUCAGCUUCAUCUGUGGUCAGUCAAACAUUCUGAUAAAGGAAACUACAAAUGUGGUGCUGUAAGAGGAAAUAAUGAUCAUCUGAUCUCUCCUGCUGUUCAUCUUGAUGUUGAAUCGGUUGAUGGUCUGCAGUAUUGGGGAGUGAAUUACAGCCCUUCAUAUGUUUGUGCAUUAAAGGGAUCAACAGUGAAAAUAUCCUGUACUUUAACAGAUCCUCAAUAUCAUAAACUCGUAAAAGCUUUCUGGACCAAACCUGUUGGAGAAUCACCUGAUCUGUGUUCAGAUCCAGAGAAGAGAGGAGGAGUUCAGUGUUUGAGUGAAGAUAAAGACACUCACAGCAUCACUUUGAUGGAUGUAACAGAAGCUGAUAAACACGUCUAUUACUGUAGAAUUACAGAUUAUUAUCAGAAUAAAAGAUGGACAGUGAUUCCUGGAGCUUGGCUUGAUGUCACAGACCUGCAGGUGGAGACACAGCAGAGAGUGAAAGAGGGAGAUUCAGUCACUCUGACAUGUAAAAGCAGCUGCUCUCUGACUGAACAAACAACAUUCAUCUGGUCCAGAAACACACAGAGAUUCACUAAAGGAAUUGAGGAAGAGAAUCAGCUUCAUCUGCAGUCAGUCAGUCGUUCUGAUGAAGGAAACUAUCAGUGUGAAAUAAGAGGAAAUAAUGAUCAUCUGAUCUCUCCUGCUGUUUCUCUUAAUGUUGAAUAUCCUCCAAAGAGCGUCUCAGUGUCCAUCAUCAGUCCGUCUGGUGAAAUAGUGUCAGGAGAUUCAGUGACUCUGAACUGCAGCAGUGAUUCAAACCCUCCUGCUCUGAACUUCAGCUGGUUUAAGGAGGAUGAAACCUCAGCUGUUGGAUCUGGACAGAGUUUCAGCAUCUCCAGCUUUAGCUCCAGUUUCAGUGGACGCUUCUACUGUGAGGCUCAGAAUAAAUAUGGAUCUCAGAGAUCAGCGUCUGUUUCUCUCACUGUUAAAGGGGUUCAGAGAGCUGCUCUGCACACAGUUUCUGGGAUCAUGGUGGGAUGUGGAGGAUUGAUCUUCAUCAUCAUCAUCAUCAUCAUUGUGUUCAUAAAGAGGAAGAAGAGGAGAGAAGGUGGAACUGAAGACGUGAAUCAAAAGCAGACGGCUGACGCGAGUGACGAUACAUACACAGCUCUGGAUCCAGCGUCCAGAACAUCUGCUGACAUUUACAGCACAAUCACAUCUGUUCAGUCCAGAGCUCCUGAUGACACCUACACGGCUCUUGAGCUUCAGUCCAGAUCUUCUGAAUAUGAGACUCUAGCAGUGACUUCAGCAGAUCCACAUUAAACUCUCCUCACUGUAUUACUGCUAAUAUGAAACAACUGAAGCUCCUCAGAAACUGCCCAUCAUUAUCAGCUCAUGAACAUCAUUUCAUCAUCAAUAACAUUAUGAUUUAUUAAACUGUGUAUAUUGUAAUUGAGCUUAUAAGAGUUUGCAGAAUAUUUUUUUUAUUUGUUUUGUAAAUCUAUAUUUUAGCCUGCAUGUCACAUUUUAUGUUUGUGCUUCAUAAGCAAAUGCAUUUUAGUAGGGAAACCUUUUACAAAAUAUUUAAAGUAACAUCAUAAUAACAUGUAGUCAUACUUUAGUUUCUGCUUCACUGGAGUAUUAAAAUUGAAUUUAUGUAUGUUAAUUUCACAGUUAAGCAGUAUUUUCAUGUUAAACUCAGUUCAGUCUGAAUCUGAUUGUAUUAAAGUCUCAGUUUCUCUGUCAUGUCUGACGCUCUGUUGACUGGAUUUUAUUCUACUGUAUCUUUACUGGAGGAACUUAAUCAUUUUUGUAGUGUUUAAAAGACCGAGAUCUCAAAUAAACAUUUCUCUCAUA